AUGGCUGCAAGGGCUUGCUUGCACGGGGCACUUCACGACGACCAGUCUCUGACAGAUGGGGCAGGGCGCCUCACGAUGAGUGCGAUCGGGUCGGCAUGGUCGCGUGCAAUCACACAGGGCAGUACAUGGCAAAUCAUCAAGAGGACUGUGGCGCAAGAGCUGCCAGCAUUGAUUGACAUGAUCUGCGCAGCGCAAAACGCCACGCAACAGGUGGCCAAAGGAGAGGAUGAGGUCCAACUCAUCAAGAAGAUAUUGGCCGCUGUCAGCAGGUUCGACAGGCUACAUGGCAAACAGCCAUGCUGGCAAGAGAUCCAGGAGGAGGUCCUGAGGAGCCGUCCACGGUGCAAGGAAUCAGCGCCUAAUAUUUUCACCUUUGCCAUGAAAUUCAGCGGUGGUGAAGUGAUGGGCCACACUGAGAGCUUUGUGAGAGCCAACGGGCGCUCAUCCCGGGACUUGGGGCCGGAGUGCUGGGCGCAGCUGAGCCAGGAUGUCAAGAGUGGACCACAGCUCUGGUGGCGUCAUGCCUUGAUCAAGUAUGGGUACUGCUCUGACCGGGCUUUGUCAGCGACCGAUGCAAAGAAGGCCUUGACAAACAAGGAGACGUUGAAGAUGGCAGAAAAGGGCAAGAAAAUCGUGAACCAGUGGAAGUCCGUGGUACUUGACGUUGUUGACAAGGAGGCCGAGAAGGUGAGAGCGCUUGGGCGGCUCGAGUGCAUGAUUUGCGCAGUGGCGCUGGAUAAGAAGAACAGGAAAUUUCCCAAGAUGGAGGACGCAGCCUUGGAUGGGCUCGAGGAGUUCGGCAAGGAGGUUGGGAAGGUCUUGUGCGCCCCUUCGGCAUGGGUAGACGGAGCCAGUGACAGUGACAAAACCAAACCCAGCCCAAAGCCACGGGAACAGAUGCUCAUGCACCGCGAGUACGAUCAGCAUGGCGCGCUGAAGAACGAGAAGGCCGUCUUGGCGGCGAUGGGCUAUCAGAUUGGUGUGGUGAUUCAAAACAACGAAGUCAUUGGAGAGAUCAAAGAGGUGAAGGACAACGAAGUGACUUUGCUGCUUCGAAGUGAACCUGAAGGUGGGCAGGUGAAAGUGAAGACUCAGUCCUUGCUUCAAAACGAAUGGAAAAAGUAUGUGGAGCCGAAGGAACAGACACAGGUGGCAUGGGUUUCUGAUGCUCCCAUGGUCUCGGCCGAGUUUGGGAUCACGGUGCUGAAAGCCAAUGUUGUGCAGGCUAUGUACCAGCAGGCCAAGGACCUGAAAGGGUACGAGACUGUGCAGCUGUGGAAGGACCCCAAGGCAUUGACCGUCUCCAAGAGUUGGCCACCAAAAAAGCUUCAGUUUCCAUGUGCGACUGGAAAGAUCUUGGUGGUGGAACCCGACAAGGCCAGUGGUAUCACCAUUGGUGUGUACGGUCCAUACGAGGUGUGCAUCGUGCCACACACAAAGCUGGGCAGCUUCUGCAAUCCCAUGUGGAUGAUUCCGACCACGGAAGAAGAAGAGAAUGUGAACAUGGAGGCCGACGAAGAGCUCUACAUGUUGGCGGACAAGAAGAAGAAGGCUGUCGAGGUCGAGCCGAUCGACGCAGCGCCCAAAAAGAAAACGCGCAAGUAG